CUCGCUGCUCUGGAGCAGGAGCAGACUCCCCUGUUGCCUCUCUUCCCCCCAUUACAAAUACCCCACCAGCCAAGACAGCUCUCCUGCACACUCGAAGCUAGCAGCUAUAGCUCACACAACACAUCUCAUCCCAUGGUGCUCCAGCCCGCACAGCAACAACAACCAUCCUCCCAGCUGCCGUAUCCACCUCACUGCAGCGAGCGCUCACCCGCGGCCAUGGACACCGCCCCUCCCCUCGUCCUCAGCCCUUCCGCUCCCAGCAUUACUGACACCUCCACGGCCAAGGCCAAGCAGAGUGCAGCCCCGGUGUUCGACCUCCGGCGCGAGCCCAAGAUCCCUGCGCCGUUCGUGUGGCCGCAUGCCGAGGUGCGGCCGACCACGGCCGAGGAGCUGGGCAUGCCAGUGGUGGACGUGGGCGUGCUCCGGAAGAGCCGCAAUGGCGGCGGCGACGCCGCGGCGCUCCGGCGCGCCGUGGCGCAGGUGGCCGCGGCGGGCGCGACGCACGGGUUCUUCCAGGUGUCCGGGCACGGCGUGGACGCGGCCCUGGCGCGCGCGGCGCUGGACGGGGCCAGCGACUUCUUCCGGAUGCCGCUCGCGGACAAGCAGCGCGCCCGGCGCGUGCAGGGCACCGUGUCCGGGUACACGAGCGCGCACGCCGACCGCUUCGCCACCAAGCUCCCCUGGAAGGAGACCCUCUCCUUCGGCUUCCACGGCCAAGACUGCGCAGAGGCCAAGCCCGUCGUCGUCGACUACUUCACCAGCACCCUCGGCCAGGAUUUCGAGCCAAUGGGGAGGGUGUACCAGGAAUACUGCGAGAAGAUGAAGGAGCUGUCGCUGACGAUCAUGGAGCUGCUGGAGCUGAGCCUGGGCGUGGAGCGUGGCUACUACAGGGAGUUCUUCGCGGACAGCAGCUCCAUCAUGCGGUGCAACUACUACCCGCCGUGCCCGGAGCCGGAGCGCACGCUGGGCACGGGCCCGCACUGCGACCCCACCGCGCUCACCAUCCUCCUGCAGGACGAUGUCGGCGGGUUAGAGGUCCUCGUCGACGGCGACUGGCGCCCCGUCCGCCCCGUCCCCGGCGCCAUGGUCAUCAACAUCGGCGACACUUUCAUGGCGCUGUCGAACGGGCGGUACAAGAGCUGCCUGCACCGGGCGGUGGUGAACCGGCAGCAGGAGCGGCGGUCGCUGGCCUUCUUCCUGUGCCCGCGCCAGGACCGCGUGGUGCGCCCGCCGCUCGCCGUCGUCUCUUCCUCGGCCCCGAGGCAGUACCCGGACUUCACAUGGGCCGACCUCAUGCGCUUCACCCAGCGCCACUACCGCGCCGACACGCGCACCCUCGACGCCUUCACCCAGUGGCUCGCGCCUUCUUCUUCUUCUUCUUCUUCUUCUUCCCCUGCGCCUUCAGCCGCCCCGCCGCCGCCGGUCGCGUCCACGGCCCAGGAGGCGGCCUGACACUCAAGCCCACCGAUUCCUGAAAACCCCCAAGAAACGAAACGAAACGAAAUUUUUGUCGGGAUUGACCGGCCUCAGGUGCGGCUUCCAUUUUUGGACGAUGGCGCUGCUCCUGUCUCCUUCCUUUCUGUCCACAAGCUCAACUAGUGUGCAUAUCCUACGAUAUAAGUAUAAUAUAUAUAAAAACGCAUUUUCCUGGGGUUUUCCUUCUGCAAAAUCUGCAAUUCAGCAAGAGAACAAAUACAUGCACGGAUGGAUGGAUGUUUGUAUGCGAUUGCAGUAGUCUCUCUUGAAAUUUCGAAUCUGGACGGACCUGAUCCAGAGAGAGAAACGAAGCGGCUUCUUAUCAA